UGUCUUUGUUUAGAUUUUCAGUUCCUUCCACCUACUUUCAUGCCACAUUUACUUGUCACAUGCACACAUUUAUUUAAUCCUGUGAGAGAGAAAAAGAAGAAGAAAACCGUCGACGAGGGACAUUUACUAUUUUUUCAUGAUGUUGCUGUCUUUGAAAUCGACGAUACCAAAUGCGAAAAACUAAUGAUAUGCAGGUAUAAAAACGUUAUCCAAUUUCAAGUAUGGAAAUGGGGAGAUAGUAGGACACAUGCAUACCGUUCUACAAAGACAAAACUGUUGCAAAUAGUUGACCGACUAAUUGACGAAAGAUCGUCAAUGCUUAUACAAUAUAGCAUAAAAGUCAAAUGCAAGUUCACAGAAUACGAUUGCUUAGAUGGAAUGGUGGAUUUUAAAAUUAUACAACCACAUGGUGAAUAUUAUUGUGAUGAACAUGAAAAUUCACACAGCUCGGACGAGGUUCAUUUUGACUGGUGUGGUGAAUCAGAUGAGGAAGAAUGCACAAGAGAUCAAAUUAAUGCUGCAAGAAUGGCUAUUAUGAUAGUUGAUAUACUAGGAGACGUCCUUUAUGAUAGGCUAGUAUUAGAUACACCAUUACCGGUAAAGCAACGCAGUGAUUGUGACAUCACUUGGUUGUAUUCUAAACUGCGGAAUCAGAAUCAACAUAUACCAAGCCGAGGUCUUUGGGGAGGUGAAUGGAAUGAUAUUAAAAAAAAUGCUGAGAAAAUUGGGGAUGACAUAGAAAGGAUUAGACUCACUAGGAACGGUAUGCAGCAUUUGUCGACGUUUGUACUAGAUGACAACGAAUAUUACGAAAAGCUAAAGAUUAUACAGAAAGUUAUACGUCGAAUGGAAAACCAUAAUAAGAAGGGAACAGCGUAUACAGAUCGUGUGAAAGAAGUUGCAAAACGCAAGCUAAACAGGGUCGAUUGGGAGACCUACAAAGACAGUAUCGAAAUCGAACUUCCAAGGCUUAAACUUAAGCCUUCUUUUAAUGUCAAGAUAGGCGAAGGAUGUACACUUGACUGUGAGGUAGUAGUCUCAUUACCUAAAGGUGCAAGUAUUUACUGGGUUAGGAUGAAGAGUGACCAGGAGACUCGUAUUGUUAUUGAUGAGAUGAAAUACAAAGGUUCUGAAGUAGGAUAUCCAUCUCUCAAUAUACUUAACUCUUCAACAGAUGACGAAGGAUAUUAUUCUUGCAGAAUUGAAUAUCCUGUUAAUUGUGCUGAAAGCGGUGAAGGAGAAUUGACAUGGCUUAAAACGUUUUUGCAUGUCCAUUGAAUGAGUGAACACUAGCCAAAAUUUCCAAGUAAAAGACGACAAAAUUUGUACAAGCAACCAUUAAAAAGUAACUUUUAGGAGUUGCAAUGAAAUCGAGGAAAACAUC